GACCCGGAAAUACGCAGUCAAACGAAAAGAGCGCCCUGCCGAAGGUUUUGAAAAACAGACGUUGAACUAAGCCUCGGACUCCUCCCCAUCCCUCCGCGGUCGUCGUCGCCCCCCUCGCCCCCCCCCCACAGCCCCCAUGAGCUUCAGCCCGGGGGUGAGCGACCCCUCGGGGGCCAGCGUGAUCCAGGAGCAGAGGGACCGCUGGGCCCGCAAGAGGAGCCGCGUGGCCCGUGAGCUGGUGCUCACCGAGCAGCGCUACUGCCAGCAGCUGGAGCUGGUCAACACCUACUUUGUGGAGAUUCUGAAGGCCAAGGAGACCCUGAGGCCGAGCGUGGUGGAGUCCGUCUUCAGUUCAAUUAAAGCCAUCCAUUCAGUAAACCAGUCUCUGCUGGUGCAUGUGGAGAAUGGCUACCUUGGCCGCGGCUUCGAGCAGUUCUGCCCCCAACUGCCCCACUACAACGUCUACGUGGACAACAUGUACGACGCCAGGAAGGUCCUCGCGGCGCAGCUGAAGAAGAACCGUGGCUUCAGACGCUACAAGGCCCUGCAGGAGGCCCGCCCAGAGUUCAGAGACUGCAAGCUGGAGGACCUGCUCAACCUCCCCGCCCAGCGCAUCCACCAGUACAAACAUUACCUCCAGGAUCUGACGGAGACCACCAGCCCGGAAGACCCCGAGUUCCAACAGCUCUCCGGGGCGGCGAGGGCGGUCUCGGAGGUGUCCUGCCGUAUCCAGGACAACGCCCGCAGCCACCAGAACCACCUCCAGCUGCUGCGGGUGCAGCGGCUGCUGAAGGGCCGCCGGACCAAGGUGCUGGCCCCAGGGCGGUGGUACAUCCGGGAGGGAUGGCUGCGGCGGGUGCCCACCAAGGGGGCGGAGGCCACGCCCCGGAUGUUCUUCCUGUUCUCGGAUAUGCUGGUGCAGGCCAAGCGCUGCGGGCCCCCCCACGGGGGCAAGUUCUCGGGGCAGCACGCCUACCCCCUCCAGGACUGCACCGUGGACAAGGUGUUCGGCCACACCCGGAGCCAGGGAGGCCUGCUCAGUCUCUCGUUCCCCAAGGCCAAGCUGCUGCUGAUGUCAUGUGACCAGGAGGACAUCAACGACUGGCACCAGAGCCUCACGUCCGCAGUGGGGAAGCUGCAGUCCAAGAACACAACUGUCCACCAACGGGACGAGCUCUGCAGGCGGCCGCUAAGGCCCGCCCCCGACCCCCCGCAGAACGCAGGACCCCCCCCCGCCACCGACGGCCCCCCCGGGAGGAAGAGGAACAAGGCGAGCUGUGAGCCCACGGAGCGCGCCCGGACCCCUCCCACCCCCACCACCUCCACCACGGGCCCCGCGGAGCCCAAGAGGAUGAAGCUCGCUGGCGCCCCCGCCGGGAGUGUCCCUGAGCCUUCAGCCUCCAACUGUGUCAUCCUGUGAUGGACGAGGUCAGGAGAAUCCCUAGGUCAUGUGACGUGGGUCAAAUCAACAAUUAUGUAUCAAUUUAUUUUUUAAUCUUUUUCCCCAUAUUCAAUUUUUUAUAUGGAAACAUUAUACCAUUGGUGCCAAAGACAAAAGUCUUAUCCAAUUGAUUUUGGAGACCUUUGCAUCGCUACUAUGACGAUUAUUAUUUUGAUUAUUAUUAUAACUACUACAACUAAAGCUUCAGCUGUGUGUCCCAUGUGCAAUAGAGCACAUUUGUGUGCUUUCGAGAGGACGCCGGGAAAUCGAUUAUUGAUGACUAAAAGAAAAAAAGAAGUGAAAUCGAUUAUCUUGAGUAAAGCGAGCUGCUUUUAACCGAAUGGGUGCAUGUUUACCAGCUGCACCUCAUUCCACCACCGCAAUGUGAUGAUACUAAUCUAUUUUAUGAACUAUUAUGUGAUUAUUUUAUGCUACUGUAAAUACACCAAUCCUUGGAUAAACCUGACAGUUUAUCCUUCGACGUAUCACGUCGCUUUUUUAUCUUUUUUUAAUCAUGACGUGAUUUUUGCCUUUCUGAUUAGGCUCUAUGUUUUAUACCGAAUUUCGGAUUUUUGUUAGUUUUUUCUAUGCUGCUAUCUGUUACACUGGUCAAAAAAUAACAUUCCUACUGCCAUUUAUCAAUAAAACUCAAUUCUAAAUGUUGUGAAAUUCUGUCUUUUGU